GUCUUUGUGGAGUAGUCCUGUUGUUGCCCGUAACAAAUCAAACGCCCUUCUCCAUUUUCUCUCUCCUCCGCCCUUCCUGGGGCACCUCAAAAGCAAACCAACAACACCAAAAACAGGCCUAAAACCUCCCCACCCCACCUUUUCUCUUCUCCUUCACCUACUCUUCAAUGGAGUAGCAGAGACAACCCCACUUACAAGAACAAGGAGAAGCUAUAAGGACAGAGAAACAGGCAAAACCCCACUUGUAUAAAUCUCACAAUAAUACCACACCCAGUUUUUUUUCAAGGCAUUUUGAUGACCUUUCAUGAAAAUUAUCCCCAAUGUCAACCAUAAUGCCAACCCAUGUUGUUGAUAUUGAGCAAGGAAUUAGUCGCCGGUGCUCCAACACUACCGUCGGCGAGGUUUCCGACGAGGAGAGUGUCCGUUGCUCCGAUGGAGAAAGCAGCAGUAGCAGCAACAGCUCAGCUGAGUGUUGUACAAGGGUUGUUGGUGGAGUGGGUGAAAAUGUUGGUAGUGGGAGGUUGACUGAGAAAAGGAGGUCGCCGUCGUCUUCUUCUUCGUGUUUAUCGGAGUUUUCGGUGGAAGAGGUGGUGGAUCUGGAGAGAGGUGGAGGCGGAGUGGCGGCUGUGGAGACGAAAACGGCGGUGCAUUUGUCGAAAGUCGAGAGAGAUUGUAGAAUUUGCCACCUGAGUUUAGAUGGGUCGAACCCUGAAUCUGGUUUCCCAAUUGAGUUGGGAUGUUCUUGUAAAGAAGAUUUAGCUGCUGCCCAUAAACACUGCGCUGAAGCUUGGUUCAAAAUUAGGGGUAACAAAACCUGCGAGAUAUGUGGUUCAACAGCUCGCAAUGUGGUAGGUGUAAAUGAAGUAGAGCUAAUGGAGCAAUGGAAUGAGGCUAACGAUCCUGCGCCCACGGUUGCUCCACCCCAUCAACCUGAGACUCGGCAUUUCUGGCAAGGGCAUAGGUUUCUGAAUUUCCUGCUGGCCUGUAUGGUCUUUGCCUUUGUCAUCUCUUGGCUCUUUCACUUCAAUGUCCCUUCUUAAGAUUCCUGUACAGAACCGUGGCAAGUUGUUGUAAUUUUCAAGAAAAAAAAGACAGAAGCGUAUCUGCAAAAAAGCUCCAUCAGCAAAAAUGCAGGUAUCCUUCUUUGUAGUCCACUUUCAUUAGGCAAUGUUUGUUUAUAGUACGUAUUAGAUUAGCCCCAAGAGCUGUUUAGCGAACAGCUUCGUUUCAUGUCAUGUUGUACUAAUUAUGCAAUUCAUCUCGAGGACAAUUAAGGAAUUUGUCUGUUUAAGAUUCGAGUCCAUCGUUUGCAUUCACUGGAAAGAACCCCCAACUGUAUAACAAAGUUUUUAAAGAGGAGGAAAGAGAUCUUCCUACUUCCCAGUAAUGUAUUACUGUUUGCGAUGGAAAUUGAGUUUCUAUCCAGAAGCUAAUUAGGUUUUGCUAGCUUUCUUUCUUUUAUUGUGAUACGGAAAAGUAGAAAAAGUGUGUCUGUUGAAGAGACUCGGUUGCAUCUGCUUUAUUGCUGUAAAAGAGGAUUAUGCUGUUUUUUUAGGAUUAAGUUUGUUUUACAUGUAAUUCUUCAAAGGCUAAGGCUACAAUGUGACACAAUUAAGCCGAGGAUGUCUUGAUAAACUGUAUGAAUUGACUAAAGGGCCUUUGCUUAUCUGUUGUUAAUGCAAUGUGGAUUAUGGGUGUAAA